AUGCUUCAUGGCCUUGAGCGGACAGAUGUUCGUUUGAGGAUUCCUGCGAACAUUAAGAAACAUUAUGAAGCUCCCCGGAUUGUAAACAUCUUGAGUCACGGAAACUACCCUGUAAUAUCGCCAGUCAACUUUCCUUCCAUUCUGCCAUGGUCACGGGCUGUCAUCUCUCCUCCGACCUUAACGAGGUUCUGGUAUCGACGAGCUUAUCAUGUUUUCAACGUCUUUAAGGGAGCAGAACGGUUAAAAGCGUCAUUUUUCGUUGAUUUCGACCCUUUUUCUUACAUAUCUGGCCAAGAUUCCAUUCAAUCCAAAAAUAACUCAAUUAAGUUACAGUCCUUAAUUCAAUAAUUAUUUAGCAACUUUUCAACGAUUUUCGGAUGUUACCAUACUUCCAUUGUAAUAAAAGGAUCUCUUGGCCACUUCUGUUCUUCUGGCAGGCAGAUGCAAGAGACUACUCUGGCGGCUUAAACGAGCACAAAUGUUCUUGUUAAAAAGUAGUUCUUAAUAUACUGAGGGCACAGGCCAUGUAUACAUUUCCUUACAAGUUUUAGGAUGUGCUCAUCGCGUCUGGACCUAAGACUUAGCCAUUUCAAAACCUUCAUCCCAGUGUCACCACUAGGUGUUUUAAUUACAAUUCUUCCAACGCGCUUCUGCAGAGUUUCUAGAAUUCCACUAUUUACUUCCCCACAGCACCCCCAGACCCCAGCGAAGUACUCUAAAAGCGGUCUAAUCAUAGAUUAAAAAAUGGCAUUAGCACUAUGUGUUGUGAUAUAACGGCAAACACGUCCUAACAGACCGACCCGCCUGCCAGCUUUAGACACAAUUGCUUUAACAUGUUCGUUCCAACUGAGGUGUUCAUCAAAGAUGACACCCAGGUACCUAAGCUCAGUAACACGCUUUAUAGCAGACCCAUUGCUUUAUAGCAGACCCUGUUAGUGUUUACAGGACGAAAAGGAAGUCUCUUUCGUUAGAACAAUGCCUUUUUUUUUUCCUUUUGUCAUUUCCCUUUUUCCGUUUUGUCAUUUCGCUUUUAUUAGCCUAGAACUAUGAUAAAUACGACUACCCAAUAUAUUUUAAGAUUUAUUGUAGCUCUGCCAUUGAUUUUCCCAUGUGUAAUUAUGAUAAUAUUUUGUUCUAAUUAUUUAACUGAGGGAGCCCAUUCCUUAUAAGCCCGGUGGCUUCUCUUGGGCUUCCUCGCCAUGAGAGUUUAAAUAAUUAGAUUUUUCUUUUUUGCUUUGUACGACUUAUGGCAAACAAAACAAUAAACAAAUAAAUCUCUUGCCGUGUCACAUGCUUUAUGGCCUUGAGCGGACAGGUGUUCGUUUGAGGAUUCCUGCGAACACCAAGAAACAUUAUGAAGCUCCCCAGAUUGUAAACAUCUUGAAUCACGGAAACAACCCUGUAAUAUCGCCAGUCAGCUCUCCUUCCUUUAUCGCCUUAAUGUCAUUCUGCCAUGGUCACGGGCUGUCAUCUCUCCUCCGACCCUAACGAGGUUCUGGUAUCGACGAGCUUAUCAUGUUUUCAACGGCUUUAAGGGGGCAGUACGGAUAAAAGCGUUAUUUUUCGUUGAUUUCGACCCUUUCUGUUAAAUAUCUAGCCAAGAUUUCAUUCAAUCCAAAAAUGACUCAAUUAAGAUACAGUCCCUAAUUCAAUAAUUAUUUAUCAACUUUUCAAUGAUUUUCGGUUGUUUUUAAUGUAUAAAAUUUAGGGAGGGAGUAGCCUGCGUAGCUGGCGGUAUUGUCUCGGUGCACCAUUUAAGUUUUGGCGGCGGAGCCGUGGUCCAAAAAAUUGAGUGGGGACGAGGUGUUUAAAUUUCUCCCGGCUUACGCCGUGUAGCGGCGAAUAAAUUAUUGGAUUUGGGGGUUGUUUAAAAUUAAAAUUAAUCAAUCAAAUCAAUCAAUCAACUUUAUUUAAACACGGUAAAUGGCUCAGCAAGCUUGUUUUCAGACAUGCCGUGUGAUAAUUACAAUUUAUAAAAAUUAAGACUAGUGAUUAACUAACAAUACAAUAUAACAGCAAGAAAUGAGAAUUAGAAAUAAGAUAAAAACAUAAUAAAAGUUAUAUCCCAAGAUAUGGCGAGUUUAAAGCUAGUAAGAUCCCCCAUCUCACGUGUUUCAUUUGACAGUUGGUUCCAAGCCAUUGCACCCCGAUAUAUGAAGUAUGAAAUAUAUAUAUAUAUAUAUAUAUAUGUAUGAAAUAUGAAGAGAAUAAUUUGAAGAUAAUUACCAGAUAGUCCACCACCACAACAAGGUGCCUCUGAUCCCAUCAGCCGACUAACUGCACUGGUUUAUGUGUAUACCUUUUCAACCCUAAUUUGUUUUCCUCCCAAAUCAACAUCAUUUCACCCAAAAAAACAACUGUAAUGCCCCCUUAACUUCGCUAUUCUUGAAAUUGUAAAUCAAGGUCCCUCUUUCCUACACCACGUUUGGUUCUUUAUUUAUUUUGUUUUUCAGAAGAAGGCAAGGACACCACUGGGCACUGGACACCCCGUUAAAGAAAGCAGAUAACAACUAAGACCCUCGAGGCGGGAAGGCCCUUAAAUUAAGGAUACAUUCUUUUCAUGCAAAGCUGCCAUAACUAUGCUGACUAAGGGGACAAAAUGCAGUACACAAUACAUGUAUAUGGAGCUGAGUAAAUACGAUUGCUCGUUCGUUAGUGUUCCAUAUAUCAUCUCUCCUCUCAUUUUUUGUGAUACCUGACACCCAUUAAUUUUCACUUGUUAAAUAACAUAUAUUGAAACCUCUACAAAGCGGACACAUUGGGGACCUUCUCAAGUGUUCGCUUAAUAGAGGGUGUCCGCUUAAUUGAGGUUUGUAAAAAUAGCGCAAUGUUUGUUAAACAUUAACAUUCAACGGUUACUCUGUACUGUGAUAAAGUUCCAUGUUGUUAAGGGAACUAAGGAAGCUGUGCCGUACUUUGCGCAAGACUUUUAGGUUAACUCUGAUCGCGGAUGAUAUCGGUCUUUUGACAGCUAAAUGUACUGAUUUAUCUUUACAUGUAUUAAUCGACUACAGUACGUAUUUCAAGGAAAUGUCAAUUCAGUCCGGUGUCCGCUUAAUAGAGGUUUUAAACAAUAGAAAUUAGCCAAAUACAACUUAUUUUAGUGUCCGCGUCCGCUUAAUAGAGGUGUCAGCUGAAUAGGGGUUCGUUAUAAAGGAAAAUAUAAGAUGUUAAUUUCGGGACCCGGCUUAGUGUCCGCUUAAUAGAGGGUGUCCCUUUCAUUGGGGGUCCGCUUCAUAGAGGUUUAACUGAAUUCACUUGUCAGGUUUUGAGGACGUUUUGUGUUGCUCAGACUUUCUAAGGGAGCAAGUUAUAUACAAAAUGGCCCAUCCUAUUACAAUAGUCACACUUCAAACUAAGAGGGCUUGAAGAACGUGCCUUUUCGCCACAGCUGUUUUCUCCCAUGAGAGUCUCCUUGAAUACUUUUGCAGCUAUGUCCAAGACCAUCACCCAAAAGGCGCACAAACAACCUGAUCAGUAGUACUUGUUAUACAGACUCGAUACUUCUUGCUUUUUGA